AUGAGCCAGCUUCAAUACCGCGUUGCCAUCGACCGCUCCGGCCGAACGACGGCAACUGGGUAUCCAACCACGAGAUUUGCCCACUUGACCUUCGUCACGAAUAAGAGCGCCUCCCUGGAGUCUAUUGAGUUUGAUGCUCUGGGUGGUGUGAGACAUAUGGCUACGAGUCUAGGUCACUGA